AUGUUGAGAACAAAUCAUGGAUGGAGACUCAUAGGAAACUACCCUGGUGCCUUCAAGAGCAUCCCUAGACCUGAUGUAGUUAAAUUCCACUGUACUCUGGACCUCACUUGCUCCGACCAUGGAAGAAUCAAGGUCUUUGACACUGUCAUUGGUGGACUUAAAACCCGAUUCUUUAUUCCAAGACUAGGGUGUCGUGCCGAUAAAAUCACUCACAAUGGCACGAUCCUUUGGAGAUCUCCAGAGUCUGAAGAUUCAGGAAAAGAAUCCCAGUGGAGAGCUAUUCUCGUGAGAGCCUACCUGAGGGGCAAUUCCUGCUUCCUCGUAAAGGCCACACUAAAGGAAACAGGUGACUCAUUAAGCUCCGUCAACUACAUUUACUUGAACGGUAGAUGGAUUGAAAUAGAUGAACGCGAAUCUGAGAGAGCGAAAUGGGCACUAAAGGCUUAUGUAGAUCCGCAGGAAUGA